AUUUCAUCGUACCGUUUAUUGUCCCAUAUUUCAUUCAUUACAGACGAUUAUAUUUUUUCGAAUUAAUGAUAAAUACUCGAUCUAGCUCAUUUAAUAUCUGCUUUAGAGGUGAGACAUUCCAUCGUGAAAAUAUGUUUCAAUUGAAACACAUCAAAUCGAUAGGGGCACGUUUUAUCCCACUGGAGAUUACAGCUAGCUACGUUCGAGUGAUUAAUUCGAACAAAUAUCUUGAUAAUCGUACCUGAAAUAAACUAAAAUAAUCGAGACUUACACAGGUGAUUUAUUAAUUUUAUAUAUGUUAUCAAAAUUGUUUGUAUUAUUUCCCAAAGUAUAUUUUCUGAUCAGCUAUCGGACACAAAUUCCGAAUAUUUUACAAAUGUAAAUAUUCUCGAAGUCUAAUCAAAAUUUUCUCACCGGAUUCGUAAAACAACGAUCGAAUCUACGUAUCUACAUUUCCAGGAAAAUACACGAAGCAAGGAAUCAAAUGAAAUACCACCAGGGCUUCCCAAAAUACUUUUCUGCUAUCACAAUUAGAUUUCAUUUGAAUAUCUAAUUAACCAAAUUUCAUAAAAAUGAUUUACGAAUAUGCAAAACAGCAAAGUACCGAACUAAAACUGCGAAAUAAAUUUUUACGACUUUAAAUGACCCAAAAACAUCGAAGAUUCGGACAAAUCGAUCAAAUAUUACGAAUCAUUGAACCACCGAACAAUCUUCUUAUCAACAAAUACUCGGCUGCCUUUUUAUCCAACAUAGCAGCCAAUCACAACAGAGCUGCGAAAGCAACAAGCCUUUUCUCACAAGAACUCAGGCUCAUUCGUUUUAUUUCUCUCAGCCUGUACUUAUGCUUACUAAUUUGUGCUCGCAUAAUUUAGCCAUUAACUAUUUCGUUUAUUACGAUUGAAAUCUUUAUUUCGAUGCGCGUUAUGUUGUUAUAAUUUUUUCUAUUUAAUUCGUGAUACGUUUUGAAAUAAUUUUCCUUUUCGCCGGUUACACAUAUAAGUGCGAAUUAAUUUCACAUUUACGUCGCCAUCUUUAUAUGAAAGCCUAUUAGGCUCAGUAUUCCGUAGAUCAACUAGUAUAUUGGAUUUUUCUGGUAAAUAAUAAAUUUUUAAUAACAUGUAUUCCUUCUAUUUCAAAAUUUCAUUUUUAUAUGUGAUAUUUUCCUAUUAUAUAAUUUUUUUUCAAGUAUUGAGGAUUUGUAUUCAACUCACCUGAGUUGAAACUCAAAUCUCUCAUCUCUCACGAUAAUUAGUCAAAAUUUUGAUUUUACUGUGUAUCCUACAUUUCACAUUUUUGUACCUACUCCUAAACUAAUCUCCUGUGUACUUAUACAAUUCGAUUAUAUUUCCUUUUAAAGUUGUACAUUGAAUUUUAUAACGCAAAAUUGUAAACUUUAUCGAAAAUGUUUUCAUUUGUUCGACUACCCUUUAGGUAUUCCUACUCAGAUCAAUUUUACGCGAAAAUGGCGAACAUCCUCUUACCACCACCGAUCAGAGUUCCAGAACCAGAGCUCGUAUUUACGUACAUGGAUGCGAUAUGUGAGAAAUGUCAUGCGUCAAUGUUAUACAUAACACCGGAACCGUUACCAGAAGCGAAUUUCGACACGGGUAUAGUCAACGGAAACAAACCCAUGAUUAUUGGAUCGUGCGGACACGUAUAUCACGCUGCUUGCCUCUUGGACCGCUUCUGUGAAACUCGAAAAUUCGACGACGAGAAUGAAAUAUGGGGAAGAUGUUCACUACCAUCCUGCACGACUCCCUUUUUACUCGAAAACAUUCGAACACUCGAACUAUCGACAAUCGUCAGGCGAUUCGAGGAACCCGCGAAUAUGAGAGUAAGUAGGUUGGAGAUGAAUCAGCAACUGCAGACAGCGUUACGUACUACCGAAAUCACCAAGAAUCGAAUCGAAACUCUUCAUCAACAAUUAAUUCAGACGGAAGCAAACUGUAAGUGUAAAGUUGAAACAAUGGAUCAACAAUUAAAGUGGUACAGGGAGCAAUUUAGGAUCACGAACGAGGAGUUACGGAGAUACCGGCAAUCUGGCAGAACUCCAGCCGACCUGUUAAGACUGGAAAACAUCGAUGUCGACACAACUGUAUCGACUUCAAUGGCCCAACCCGCAGCUACGUACUCAUCAUCGAUUAAUUCAGUGAUUACAAAUGUAACCACUACUCCAUCGGUACAAACUCCUUCAUUCGUCAACUUCUCAUUCACAAACAUUCCGACCACCAACACUGCAUCAUCAUCGACUCCGAUAUGUUCGACGUUAUCAGUCAACCGACCACCUGGUUUACGAGCAUUAACUGUAGCACCACCGGCAAACCAUUCGACGCAAUUCCAACCACAAUCGACCGCCGAAAUGAAUCGAUUCUGGAAUCCGCAAGCUCCAUCCGAUCGUUUAAGAUCAUACUUUCGAUCAUCAAAUGGUAAUACGAAAUUUCUAUUUAACGCAAAACAACAAGUACGCAAUCGCACACCGACACCACCAGCUCCGACACCAAACGAACCGAAGGUAGACGCAAGUGUAGCUGCGACAACUGUCGCAACUACCAACGUAACACCUUCAGUUUCGACAAAUAAAACCACGUCAAUGACUAAAACAACAUCGAUCGCUACGUCAAAAACUGCGACUAAAACGACGAUGUCGUCUACAUCAUCUCCGUCCACGUCAAAGAAGACUGUUGCGACAUAUAGUAAAUCAUCGGCGGCGAAAUCGACUUCCACCACUACAACGUCGGCACACUCAUCUCCGAAGAUGUCACCUGCAACGGUAAAGAAACAAAAUCUGAAAAGUACCAACGAUACUAAGUUCGAUAAACCUAAAGCGUCAAGUUCGCCAAAACCCGAUCGAUCGAGGUCUACAGUAAGUAACGAAAAAUCAAAAGCAUCGUCGUCCACGAAAUCGAACUCAAAUACAUAUGCUACAGCUACUAAAAACAGCGGUGAUUUCAAACCAAAAAGCUCCAACAGCCAUAGCAUAAAUGAACACCGUACGCACUCAAGCCGCAACGAAAACUCGAAAGGCGAUUACCGUUCCAGUUCUUCAAACCGCAACCGUUCCAGAGAAAAGACCUCGGCGGAAUACCUUGAAGAAAUCGAUAGAAUUUUCCAAAAUCGUAAAUCGAACUCACACGAUCGCAGAGAUUCAUCAAAAGAAAAUCACGAAUAUCGAGAUGACCGAUCAAGAAAUGAAAGACGCUCAACCGACCGCAGAAAGGCAGACGGUACAUAUGUGCCGAAAACCUCUUCUACGUCUAAAGAAACAUACAGCAGGCAAGCAAACGAUUAUCGCCGCGAUUCACCUUUGGACGGACAGUACCCGGAAAAUCGCCACCCGGGGUAUGAUCAACGGCGGACUAACUCUGGCACGUAUCAGUCAAGCUACGACAACCGUUAUAUUGCGAAUCGAUCAAGAAUGACCAAUGAACAAUCUCGAAAUUCUCAAGCGCCGUCAGUUAGACAAUCAACGCCUCAACGAACUUUAAACAGCACCGCGUCUUCAGGUACACCAUCGCCGAAUAAACAGGUCAGAGUUCGCGGUACUCACGCGAAUGUUCAAAAAUACCGAAAUCGAUAUUUAAUUCGUUUCGGUGCCGAAUCAGUUGAAUUGGCACCUUGGCAUCCUAACAAUUCUUACCCACUCCAAUUCACAGCAAUUGCUCGCGAAAUUGGAGUGGAGAAAUUCGCCGUAAGCGUCGCAGCCCAUAACAUGCCAAUUGUCGGAGACGGGCAUGCCGUAGGUUUGACUCGAUUUAUUAUUCGCAAAGAGACAUACGCUGAUGACAUCGACACCGAAACAUUACGAUACAAUAUGUCAAUUAUCGAUUUAAUUACAAUAUUCGAGAAGUUCAAGAAAGCUCCAAAACGACUAAUGGUUUCGAUAGGAAACUUCGACGUAUUUAUGAGAAUGCCAAUUGACAUUUUCAGAAAGCAUUUUACUACUUUCCUGAACACAGUGAUGUCGUACGGUGCCGAAGAAAUUUUAUUCCUGCCUCUAAUAAAAUACCCAGAACAGGAUGCUCAUUUUUUCGAUGAAAUUACAGAUGUAAUUUCAGCCAAUUGGGAUGGUUUAUCGAAUGGUACGAUGAAAGUAAAAGUAAUUCCACCAUUUCCGAAGAACACGCCCCAAUUGGAGCGUGUAAGGGUGAGCGUGAUGGGUCCUUUUUACGCCGAAGAGUACUACGAGCAACAAGCACAAUUCAUCCGUGAAAACUACGUACCUGUACCCAUAAAUAUGUCAAAGAAACACGGUCUAGUCCAACCGCCGUACGUAAAUAUUCCGCCGUCAACCGCCUCCCAUUUUGGAAUUCAACCCGUCGAAAAUUCUGAAAGCUUCAUCGACCAGAACCUACAAGCUAAAAUAGAUGCUCGCGUUGAAAGUUUGUUCUCGAAUGAAUCUACAACCACCGAAGCGAAACCUGUCGAGGAGCAAAAACUGAGCUCUAGCCAAUCUACACUUACUAAUGAACCGAUUUCGACGAUCUCUACAAAUGUAGAGUCCAUGAUAACUUCUCCGAUCCAAUCCGAACACGUGUCAGAUGUGGAAAUGGAAGAAAAAGCUUAUUUCGAAUCAGGUGAUUUGAACAUGGAAACCGAAUACAUAAAUCCGCUAGAUUUAUCCGAUGGCUCUCUACCCCAUGAUAUUCACCGUGAAGGAGAGUUAGAACGAAUGAAACUAAUUAACGAAAACCAAAACGUAAUCAAUGCUGAGAUUUCAUCUGAUACCUCUAGCAACAAUGAAGAAAACCUUGAAAAUUCGAGGAAACAAUUUAACCACGAUAUGCGUGACCGGUUACAUAAGUCUUAUCUCGAACAUUUGACCAGUACUCAACAAGAUAUUGAGAAUACGCGUAAAAUGAUUACGAGAGUGACCGAAUACACCGAAGCAGUUAAUGCGAACUCGAACAAAGUUGCCCAAGCUAUUGAGGAAUUGCAAAACGCAAAUUCAUGUGACGCUCUCAAUCUCACCUUAACCAACGCUUCGUCGAAAAAUUCCUCAAGGAGUUCGUCAAAAUCUCGUUCUGAACGCAACGCUGACGAAACAUCUGUUUCGUCAAAUCAAGACUUCAAGGCUCCCGAUUCGGUUAAUCCGAAAAAAUCGGUUAAAAAAUCGAAAAAGAGCAAAAAAUCUCCAGUUCGGUCAUCUCCGCGUCUAUCCCAUAAAAAGGAGAAACUCACGCUCGAAGAAGAAGCUCUCCAAAUCGCUGCCAAUCGCACCGCUCGAUUACCUGGGUUCGCUGCACUGUCCGAUACAUCUGUCUCGGACGAUCUAAACUUAUUCUCAACAACGGUGGAUCUAACAGCUCCAGCGACAGUUUCGUACGCAUCAGCAUCUACAGAUGAAGAAUCUUCUCCUACGGACGAUAGAAAUUUGUCGCUAAAAGCUAUACAAGAAAGCUCAACGGUCCCAGACACUGACACAAACUCCAUCUCACAACCGGAAGAGCUAUCGUCGUCAGAAAUUUUACAGCCGCCGAUUAUUCCGGCACCGACUGAAACUUUAUCGCCAAUAAAGGAAACCGUAACCGCAGAACAGGGUAAAAAGAAGAAAUCCUUUUUUAAAGGCUGGUUAAUGUAAAAUAAACGUAUAUAGAAGCGGCUCGACUUGCGCCAUCGCCGAUACAUAGAAUUCGAAUACACGUAACGACUACCAUCACAACGCAAGCUGAUGGGAAAGUAGCUGAAAAUUACCAUCGAAAACUCUACAUCAACCAUAUCUACUUACGCCUGGACAAAAAUCUGUAAAUAUUACCAAGGGUUAUUCCCAAAAAGUUGUAAAUAUUUUGAACUCAUUUCAUUGUUACGAAAUGUUAAAUUUUUUAUAUAUAAUUUUUUUUUCUCAACGAAAUUUCUUAGAAUUUUUUGUUUUUAUUUUCACGAAACAUUUUCUACAUCUCUAUGUAAAUAAUCAAAACCAUUUUGUUUUCAUAACUAUAUAAUUUUUUUCCCUUUCGUGACUAGAAUUAAUAUUCUUUAUCAGUUUUUGACUACCCAUAUAUAUAAUUUUUUUUUCUUUUCUAUGUUUGAUAUUUUUUUUUUACGAGAAGUUUUUUACCCUUUUACCUAUUAUUUUUCCUUCUCGCAAGACCAUUUUUUUUUUUUUUACUUUAUAUAUUCUAUACGAUAAUUUUCUUUCGUUUAUCAUAAACCAAAUUGCUAUCGCACUGGAAGAUUCAUUUUUUGAUUUUUUUUUUAUUUCUUAUUUAGAAUAAUAACUUAUAAUUUUUACGACGACAAUUUCAUAUUGUAAUUUCAAAAAUUUUAUCUCGUCGUCUAUUCUAUUUACCUAUGAUCCAGUGCCCUUAUUUUUAUUUUAUUUUCUUUUUCUAUGUCUUUUUGACGCGAUUAGGUCUGUGUGGAUACAUUUGUCUCCACACAUAGCCAAUUUGUGUCAAAAUUUUCCUUAUUUAACAACAUGACUACAGGUGCUAGCCAAUAUCGUCGACCACUUUUUCCAUUUUUGGAGACUGGACUCCUCAGUGUCUGCUGUCACUCAGUCAUCUUGCACGGUCAUCAGGGUGAUCCGAUGCCGAGGUGUCGUUUUGCUUUUGGUGAUUUGUGUGGGGUGAUUGAUGAGAGUGGAUGCUGUGGCUGUUCUAGAAUUCUAUCUUUAAUACUUACUCUCUUGUCUCAAUACGUAUCCUUCUCAUAUGAGAAAGUGCGGGGGGCAGGAGAGGUAACGUGGUCCACGUAUACAGCCAGUACAAUAUGGCGACUCUUGUGUUCUUCCGAGCUUUCUCCCAUGCGAAUUAUUCGUAUGGAUUAAAGUUCAGAGGGGCAUAUGAGAGGUGUCAUAUUGGCCUGGUUUGUAUACGUGAUAUUAUACAAAUUAUUGGCUAGUAAACUUGAGAGUCAGCUUUGUAAACAAUACACUUGUCUUGUUUACAAAGUUGACAUCGUCAUUAUGUAUUUUAACUCCGGACUUGAAAGGCAUAAUCGCGUCAAAUAAGAUUCAAUUCUAAUUCUUUGGUUAAUUCUAAUCGGGUUAAAACGACAAUUCUUCAUAAAAGAUUGUCGUAUUUAUUCUCUUAUUUUUAUAAUAAGUUUCUAUUGAUUUUAUAAUCAUAAUAAACAAUUUUCUACCGUUCUGUGA